CUCAUUUUUCUGGCUGAAGGAAACCCUGUCCCUUUGUCCCCAGAUCCCAGGGGGAGCCUCUCUGGGGGUGGGGAGUGGCAGGGAGCCCCCUGGUCAGAACAGCCUGGAUGGGGAGAGGAACACCAGAUAGCGGGUCCCUGGCCUGGGCCUCUGGACAGAGGGGACAUUGUUGGCGUGGAGGCAGGGCUGCCUUGGCCCGGCCGCUAUUGACAAAGCUGCCAGCUGUGGUGGAGCCCGGCUGCCAGGCCUUGGCCCCCCUGGCCUCCGUCCUCCCCCGGGUCGAGUGUGAAUGGAGCCAAGCCUUGACUGUCUCCCUCCUACUCAGGACAGUGCCCCCCACAGCCGUCCUGUGCCCGUCACCACUGCCCCGGGAGACGCCUCUGCUGCUGCCCUUCGCUGCGGGCCCCGCGAUGGCGCCCCGGCCUCCGCUGGGCGCCUGCCUGCUGCUCGUGCUGCCGCUGCUGUGCCCACCGCUCGCCCCGACGCGGGCACACCGCUUCCCGGCGCCCAAUACCACCCUCAACCGCUUGGCGCUGGCGCCAGGCCGGGGCGCGCUCUACGUGGGCGCGGUGAACCGCCUUUUCCAGCUCAGCCCCGCGCUGCGGCUCGAGUCGGCGGCCGUCACGGGCCCGGUCCUCGACAGCCCCGACUGCGUGCCCUUCCGCGAGCCGGCCGAGUGCCCGCAGGCCCGGCUCACCGACAACGCCAACCAGCUCCUGCUGGUGAGCGGCCGGGCCCGGGAGCUGGUGGCCUGCGGGCAGGUGCGGCAGGGAGUGUGCGAGAAGCGGCGCCUGGAGGAUGUGGCGCAGCUGCUGUACCGGGCCGAGGACCCCGGCGACGGGCAGUUUGUGGCCGCCAACGCCGCGGGCGUGGCCACGGUGGGCCUGGUGGUGCCCGGGCCGGGCCGGGACCUCCUGCUGGUGGCCAGGGGCCUGGCGGGCAAGCUGUCGGGCGGGGUGCCACCCCUGACCGUGCGCCAGCUGGCUGGGCCGCAGCCCUUCUCCGGCGAGGGCCUGGGCCGCUUGGUGGUGGGCGACCUCUCCGACUACAACAACAGCUACGUGGCGGCCCUCGCCGACGCCCGCUCGGCCUACUUCGUCUUCCGCCGCCGCGGGGCCCGGGCACAGGCCGAGUACCGCUCCUACGUGGCUCGGGUCUGCCUGGGGGACGCCAACCUCUACUCCUACGUGGAGGUGCCCCUCACCUGCCGGGGCCACGGCCUCAUCCAGGCCGCGUCCCUCGCCCCGGGCGCCUUGCUGGGGGCGUUUGCUGCCGGCCCGAGUGGGGCGCAGGCGGCCCUGUGCGCCUUUCCCCUGGCCGACCUGGACGCGACCAUGGAGCGGGCCCGGCGCCUUUGCUACACCACGGGCGGCCGGGGCCCCGGCGGCACGGAGGAAGCCACCGUGGAGUACGGCGUCACGUCGCGCUGCGUCACCCUGCCGCCCGACUCCCCCGAGUCGUACCCCUGUGGCGAUGAACACACCCCGAGCCCCAUUGCGGGCCGCCGGCCCCUGGAGGCGGGGCCUCUGCUGCAGCUCGGAAAUUCCAUCAGCGCAGUCGCAGCCCUCCAGGCAGACGGACACACGAUAGCGUUCCUGGGGGACGUCCAGGGCCAGCUGCAUAAGGUCUUCCUCAACGGCACCCGAGGCCAGGUGUACCACUCACAGCAAGUGGGGCCCCCGGGCUCGGCCAUCAGCCCCGACCUGCUGGUGGACAGCAGCGGCAGCCACCUCUACGUGCUGACUUCCCAGCAGGUGGACCGCGUACCCGUGGCAGCCUGCCCCCAGUUCCUCGACUGCAGCAGCUGCCUCCAGGCCCGGGACCCCCUGUGCGGCUGGUGCGUCCUGCAGGGCAGGUGUUCCCGCAGGGGCCAAUGCGGGCGGGCAGCCCAGCCCAACCAGUGGCUCUGGAGCUACGAGGACGGCCGCUGCCUGCACAUCCAGAGCCUGCUGCCGGCGCAGCGUCCCCGCCAGGAGCAGGGCCAGGUCACCUUGUCUGUGCCCCGGCUGCCCGCACUCACCGUGGACGAAUACUUCCAUUGCGCCUUUGGAGACUAUGACAGCUUGGCUCACGUGGAAGGGACCCACGUGACCUGCGUCACCCCUCCCCAAGACCAGCUGCCGCAUAACCCUCCAGGCACAGAGCACAUCACCUUGCCCCUGGCCCUGAUGUUCGAGGACGUGCUCGUGGCCACCGCCAACUUCUCCUUCUACGACUGCAGCGCCGUGCAGGCCUUGGAGGCGGCUGCUCCGUGCGGUGCUUGCGUGGGCAGCCCCUGGCGGUGCCACUGGUGCCCCCAGAGCAGCCGCUGUGUGUACGGGGAACGCUGCCCGGAGGGCGAGAGGACCAUCUACAGCGCCCAGCAGGCGGACAUCCAGGUGCGGGGCCCAGGGGCUUGUCCCCGGGUCGAGGGCCUGGUAGGCCCCCUCCUGGUGCCUGUGGGCUGGGAGAGCCGUUUGGCCCUGCGCGUGCGGAACCUUCAGCAUUUCCGGGGCCUGCCUGCCUCCUACCACUGCUGGCUGGAGCUGCCCGGAGAACUGCAGAGGCUGCCGGCCUCCCUGGAGGAGGAGGUGGCCGGGGACGCCGGCCUCAUCCACUGCCAGGCCCAGCAGGUGGGCAGCUGCCCCGUAGCCUCACCCGCCACUGGACGCCUCCUGCAGCCCUUGCUUGUCCCGGGCCCUCGGGGCUCGCCCCCUUUAGCCUGCGGUCACUCACGAGGCCUGCUGGGGGAUGCGGGGCCUGAGCGAGGGCGCCCAUAUUCUGGGAGGAGCGUCCUGGGGGAGGUGGGCGGGGCCAGGGGCGUUCCGAGCCGGGUGGGGCCUGACCCCGCCCCCCGCCCUCAGUUCCAGCCCUCCAUGGCCCAGCGGGAGCUCGCGGUGCCCAUCUCCGUCACCCGGGGCGAGGGCCAGAGGCUGGACAAGGCCCGCACUCUUCAUGUGACCCUGUACGACUGCGCCGUGGGCCACCCCGACUGCAGCCACUGCCAGGCAGCCAACGGGAGCCUGGGCUGCCUGUGGUGCAGCCACGACCAGCCCACCUGUCGCUACGGGCCGCUGUGCCCGCCUGGGGCUGUGGAGCCGCUGUGUCCCACACCCAGCAUCCACACGAUUGAGCCCCUGACCGGCCCCCCUGAGGGCGGCUUGGCCCUCACCAUCCUGGGCUCCAACCUGGGCCGGGACUUUGCCGACGUGCAGGACGCCGUGAGCGUGGCUGGCCGGCCCUGCAGCCCCGACCCCUCUCUCUACCGCACCUCUGCCCGGAUCGUGUGUGUGACAUCUCCUGCCCCCAACGGCACCGUGGGCCCAAUCCAAGUGGCCGUUAAGAGUCGGCCACCGGGCAUCUCAACCCAGCACUUCACCUACCAGGACCCCGUCCUGCUGAGCCUGAGUCCCCAGUGGGGCCCCCAGGCAGGGGGCACCCAGCUCACCAUCCAUGGGCGGCACCUCCAGACGGGAGGCAACGUCAGUGCCUGGGUGGGCAGCCAACCCUGUCGUAUAAGGGAGCCGGUGUGUCCCGAGGCCAUCGUGUGCCACACCACGCCCCAGGCCAGCCCAGGAGAAGCUGUGGUUCGAGUGGUCUUCGGCCGCGCCCAGCGCACGCUGCUCGCCAGCCCCUUCCACUACACCACCAACCCCCGGCUCGUGGCGGCGGAGCCCAGCGUCAGCUUCCGGGGGGGCGGGCGGCUGAUCCGAGUCAGGGGCACGGGCCUGGACGUGGUAGAGCGGCCCCUGCUGUCCGUGUGGCUGGAGGCCGCGGAGGAGACGGCCGUGGCGGUGCAGCCCCGGGACCCGACCCCCAGGAGGAGCUGUCGGGCCCCCGCCGCAGCCCCCCAGGCUUGCACCCAGCUUGAGGGGGGCUUGCUGCAGUGCUCCACCGCCUGCUCCGUCAGCUCGUCCAGCCUCCUCCUGUGCCGGAGCCCCGCAGUGCCGGAUGGGGCGAGCCCCCGGCGCGUCUUCUUCGCCCUGGACAACGUGCACGUGGACUUCGCCCGCGCCAGCGGGGGCCAGGACUUCCUGUACCAGCCCAACCCCCGCCUGGCCCCCCUCAGCCGCGCCCGCCCCUACCGCCUCAAGCCAGGCCACAUCCUGGACGUGGAGGGCGAGGGGCUCAACCUGGGCAUCAGCAAGGAGGAGGUACGCGUGCACGUCGGCGACGGCGAGUGCGUGGUGAAGACGCUCACGCUCACCCACCUGUACUGCGAGCCGCCCCCGCGGGCCCCGCGGCCCGCCGACGGCUCCAGAGCCCUGCCGCAGCUCGUGGUGCAGAUGGGCAACGUGCGGCUGCCACUGGGCCCCGUCCAGUACGAGGCUGAGCCCGCGCUCUCUGCCUUCCCCGUGGAGGCCCAGGUGGGCCUGGGCCUGGGCGUGGCCGUGCUGAUCGCCGCCGUGCUCCUCCUGACCCUCAUGUACAGGCACAAGAGCAAGCAGGCCCUGCGGGACUACCAGAAGGUGCUGGUGCAGCUGGAGAACCUGGAGAUCGGCGUGGGCGACCAGUGCCGAAAGGAGUUCACAGACCUGAUGACAGAGAUGACUGACCUCAGCAGCGACCUGGAGGCCAGCGGGAUCCCCUUCCUGGACUACCACACGUACGCCGAGCGCGUCUUCUUCCCCGGGCGCGGCAGCUGCCCGCUGCAGCCUGCCCUCGAGGGGCCCGCGGAAGAGGGCCGCCGCGCGCCGGUGCGCCAGGGCCUCACGCAGCUCUCCAACCUGCUCAACAGCAAGCUCUUCCUCCUUACGCUCAUCCACACCCUGGAGGAGCAGCCCGGCUUCUCCCAGCGGGACCGCUGCCUCGUGGCCUCGCUGCUGUCCCUGGCACUGCACGGCAAGCUCGAGUACCUGACCGACAUCGUGAGGACGCUGCUCGGAGACCUGGCUGCCCGUUACGUGCAGAAGAACCCCAAGCUCAUGCUGCGCAGGACGGAGACUAUGGCGGAGAAACUGCUCACCAACUGGGUGUCCAUCUGUCUCUACGCCUUCCUGCGGGAGGUAGCUGGCGAGCCGCUCUACGUGCUCCUGCGGGCCAUCCAGUACCAGGUGGACAAGGGCCCCGUGGACGCCGUGACAGGCAAGGCGAAACGGACCCUGAACGACAGCCGCCUGCUGCGGGAGGACGUGGAAUUCCGGCCCCUGACGCUGAUGCUGCUGGCUGGCCCGGGGGCCGGUGGGGCUGCGGGGGGCAGCGCGGCGCAGCGCGUGCCCGCCCGGGUGCUCGACACGGACACCAUCACCCAGGUCAAGGAGAAGGUGCUGGACCAGGUCUACAAGGGCACCCCCUUCUCCCAGAGGCCCUCGGUGCACGCCCUAGACCUCGGUGAGAACCUACCCCUCCCGCCCCGCCCGAGGCUCUUCUCCCCUGUGGCCGCUCGGCUCUGCCCUACGGGAACAGGCUGUGGGCUGAGCGGCUUCCCUGGGUCCCCCCAAGAGUGGCGCUCAGGCCUGGCUGGCCACCUAACCCUGUCGGACGAGGACCUGACCUCGGUGACUCAGAACCGCUGGAAGAGACUCAACACCCUGCAGCACUACAAGGUGCCGGGCAGGUGGGCGUCGGGGGCAGGCUCCCGCCUCGGGGUCGGCCAGGGAAGGAGCCCAGCCUCUGCUCCCCUCCCCGCCAGGUCCCGGAUGGAGCCACGGUGCGGCUCAUUCCCCGGCUGCACAACGGAGGCGCCGUCUCCCAGAGCGCGGCCCCGAGCCGCCCCGCAGGGGAGAGUGAGUCCCGUGGCCCAGCCGCGCCAACCUGCCCCCGAGAUCGAGGCGGCCAGGCCGGAGCCCUGCUCACGCCGUCCGCCGUGUCCGGGUCUCCCCAGACCUCGCCAGCGGGGAAGCCACAAGUCCAGGCUGAGCCGAGGGCCCGGGGUGGACGAGGGCGGCAGCGCGUCCGGGUCGGGGAGCUCCAGGGCCGCGGGGUGCUGGGCCGAGCGAGCCCCUGGGCCCCCACCCUGUCCUCCGCAUCUCUCUUACCCCGCGGCCCCCGGCGCCGCCCACCCUGCCCCACGUCACCAGGGAAGCAGGCUGGGCCUCCCCGGCCAGCGGCACGAGGGUGCAAAGGACCGAGGCCCGGCUCCUGUGCCCUCAGACGCCCCCAUGCUGGAGGACAGCGAGGAGGGUGGGGUCCGCCUCUGGCACCUGGUGAAAGUCACCGACGAGCCAGAAGCGGCCAAGGCCCGGCGCAGCAGCCUGAGGGAGCGCGAACGGGAACGGGCGCGGGCCAAGGCCAUUCCGGAGAUCUACCUCACCCGCCUGCUGUCCAUGAAGGGCACACUGCAGAAGUUUGUGGACGACGCCUUCCAGGCCAUCCUCAGCGUGAACCGGCCUGUGCCCAUCGCUGUCAAGUACCUGUUUGACUUCCUGGACGAGCUGGCUGAGAAGCACGGCAUCGAGGACCUGGAGACCUUACACAUCUGGAAGACUAACAGCCUACUCUUGCGGUUCUGGGUGAACACCCUGAAGAACCCACAGCUCGUCUUUGACGUGCGGGUGUCGGACAACGUGGACGCCAUCCUCGCCGUCAUCGCCCAGACCUUCAUGGACUCCUGCACCGUCUCGGAGCAUAAAGUGGGCCGGGAUUCCCCCGUGAACAAACUGCUCUACGCCCGGGAGAUUCCCCGCUACAAGCAGAUGGUGGAGAGAUACUACUCCGACAUUCGCCAGAGCUCUCCGGCGAGCUACCAGGAGAUGAACUCGGCUCUGGCUGAGCUCUCGGGGAAUUACACCUCCGCUCCCCACUGUCUGGAAGCUCUGCAAGAACUCUACACCCACAUCCACAGGUACUACGACCAGAUCAUCAGUGCCCUGGAGGAGGACCCUGUGGGGCAGAAGAUGCAACUGGCCUGCCGCCUGCAGCAGAUUGCCGCCCUGGUGGAGAACAAGGUGACCGACCUGUGAGUCCUGCGGCAGCAGGAUCUGCCAUCUCAACGCGUUCUCCCCGCGACCCAGGAGCCCUGGGUGGAGCCAGCGACACCUGGGGAGCCCCGGGUGGAGCCAGCGACACAGAGUGGCCGGCAGAGAGCGGGAGGGGCUCCCUGCUGCCUCCCCCCGCCACCCCCCCCACCCCCCCACCCCACCCCCGCGUCCUCCGCUUCCCUCCUUCCCCGCCUGG